GCAGGGCGAGGGGACUUGAAAUACGAUAACGGAACCGGCCAGAGCCGGCUUUUUAACUUAGGUUGUCGUUACUUUAAUCUCCCGUUAACGGCGCGGUGUUGGCAGCUGAACGUUCGUGUCUCCAGGACAGCCGUGGAGAGGCUGUUGCCCAGACACGGGGACGGGGAGGAUGGUCAAUAGCUUUUACCGAGAAUUUGCAGUGUGUCUGGAGACAUGAGAUGCUGGGCCCAUGGAUCGGAGCAGAUCUCUCUCUGUCCUUAUCUCAAUUAAUGAAAUAUAUAUUUUCUCCCCACUUCACAUUCCUGGAGGGGAGUGACAGACAGGCUUUGGUAGGAGCCUGGCAUCCAGCCAGGGUCAUUUCUCUACAGGAAGGAAAGGCAAGGCAACAGAAGGAUCCUGUACUGCGUCAGUGUGUAACACUGGACUCCAUAUAGAGUGGUAGUAAGCUCUCUUCACAUAUUGGUCAGACAAAAUAAUGUGGUGUUUGUGAGGGUUCCAGGAUGAGACGGAAGAUGGCAGGGGUUGUAAUUUUUUAUUGGACGUCGCAGAUGUUUAGUUUUACAUAUUUUUGCAAAGAAAGGGUGAAGAUUAAUCCCAUUUGAAGAGAAAAUGCUAUGUUAAAGCACCUUUAUCUUAAAAAAUACCAAAGUAAGAUACUGUUCUAUUGAAUUGUGCUGUACAUCCAAUGAAAAGGUGCUUAGCUACAAGUAUUUUGCUUGUCCCCACACAUAAGAAAAAUUGUGUUACAAUUGUAUAUGUAGAGAAUAGCAUAAAUAUUGAAAAAUAAUUUGAAUUUUAGACCACAAUGUAGUAGCCUGUUAAUGGAAAAACAAACAUAUGAAAGAAAGGUGAGAUGUACAAUUACACACAUAUAUUACCAGUUUAUCUGUAUUCAAACCACAGUCAUUUAGGAAAAUGCUGGUAAGGAAUUUUUGUGCAAAUAAUUUAUUUUUCAAAGAGUUGUGGCCAAAAAAUAGUAAUGCUUGACACUUAGGCACUCUAUUCACUAUUCAAAUGCAGGUAUCAUUGAUCAGAGGAAGCGAACCAAUUACAGUAAUUCUAUGUAUUUAUUUUUGGCAUCCAUAAACAAAAGCAAAUCUCUGCACAAAAUUAUAUGCUUAAACAUGUCUUUUUAAUUAAUAUUGACAUUUCCAUGAGAUGAUUUAUUCCCUCCUGAGCUCCUUUAUAUAACCAAUUUUCUCUGUGAAACAAUAAUUGAACUGCUGUAAUUACAGCUGUGACAUGGGGCUUGGAACACCCGAAAAAGAGGACAAGCAAAUAUUCCUGUACCUCAAUAAGUGACCUAAAUAGAAACGUACUGCUCUCACAUUGUUAUUGGAUGAGAUUCAAAUGGAUCACAAAUGAUAUUCAAAUGCUCUUUAAAUCCUACCAGUCAGGCACUCUAGUUUCCACUGAUCUGAGGGUGUUUAAUAUCUUGUAGUGAUGUGCUUAUCAGGCUGUUAAUAAUAAAGCAGGCACAGGCAGAUGAUGCAGUUCUCCAUCUCACAGGUGAAAGAAAAUAAUGCCUAAUUAUCAAUGAGCAGUUGGUCAUGUUCCUAUGGUUACAAUGUGAGAUAAUGAUCGUUUUCCCAGUGCUGUGUUUUUCAUAAUAUGUUAAGGAAGGAAUGCAAGUUUUACAAUGUUUGAUACUUGUUUCUCUCAUACAUUUUAGUGUUAAUAUGGCAGAAUAACCAUGGGAGACUGGAAUUUCCUUGGAGGCAUUUUAGAGGAGGUCCACAUUCAUUCCACUAUUAUUGGAAAGAUUUGGCUAACGAUCCUCUUCAUAUUUCGAAUGCUUGUUCUUGGAGUGGCGACCGAGGAUGUUUGGAAUGAUGAACAAUCAGAAUUCAUAUGCAAUACUGAGCAGCCUGGUUGCAGAAAUGUGUGCUAUGAUGAGGCCUUUCCCAUCUCUCUCAUAAGAUACUGGGUCUUGCAAGUUAUAUUUGUGUCUUCCCCUUCCUUGGUGUAUAUGGGUCAUGCCUUAUACAGACUAAGAGCCUUGGAAAAAGAAAGGCAAAAAAAGAAAGCUCUGGUGAGGGUGGAACUUGAAAGCACUGAAUUAGAAAUGACUGAAAAUCGUAAAAGACUGGAGAGGGAGCUCCGGCAACUGGAUCAAAGGAAGCUGAACAAAGCACCCCUAAGAGGCUCUUUGCUCUGCACUUAUGUGAUACAUAUUUUCACAAGAUCUGCAGUGGAAGUUGGCUUUAUGAUUGGGCAGUAUCUUCUUUAUGGUUUCCACUUAGAUCCCCUUUAUAAAUGUCAGAGAGACCCAUGUCCAAACACAGUUGACUGCUUUGUAUCUAGACCAACAGAAAAAACAGUGUUUAUAUUAUUUAUGCAAUCAAUAGCAACUGUAUCAUUGCUUUUAAAUAUUCUAGAAAUUAUCCACUUAGGAUUCCGAAAAAUUAAAAUGGGACUCUGUGAGCAGAAUAAAACCAAAGAUGACUCUGAGAAUUUCUACAUAAACAAAUCUAAGAAAUACUCUGUGAUACCUCACUCUUCUUUGGGAAUAUCCACCACCCCUCAGAAAACACUUCCCUGUGCUCUUAGCAGUUAUACCUUUCUGAUGGAAAAGCAAACUGAUACUAUGCUCUACCCAGUUUUAAAUUCUCCUUCUGUGUUUCAGUCUGUGCAAAAUAACCAUACAGAAAGCAGCAGCAAUUACACCCAUUGCAAUCAGGAAAAUAAAUCUCCAAAGAAGAGGCCAGCUACAAAUGCUUUGGACAAUCAGACUCAAAAUGCUAGCACAAACAAUAAUGAAGGCUUUCUUGGCGAGCUUUGGACUGAGAGGCAUGAUGCACAAGAAGAGACUGAAAAGAAACAUUUUCUUGUUGAUACUCAGAAUGCAGAUACCACCUCAAACAUGUACUUGAGAAGCUUUGCUGAGGUGCCAUCUCAAACUUCAUUGCAAGCUGGUACAACUUUCCCUUGUGCCAGCUCUAGACGACAGGCAGUGGUUGAGAGCACAGGAGCACCAACAAAUCCUCUUCCAAAGAACGGUGACAGAAGACAAAGCAGUUUCAGUGUAAACAAAGCCCAAAUUCCUUACAAUGCUGAUGGAAAAAAUUCCAGCCGACCAGACACUUCUGAUUCCAUGGGGGUGGUGAGCUCAGAAUCUACACAAAGCAGAAACUGGAGUAGUCCAAAGCUUUUCUCUCUCUCUAGGCAACAGUCACUGUCAAGUAAUGCCAGCAGUAGGCGUGCCCCCACCGAUCUUCAAAUAUAGUGUGAGUCAACUCAUUAGCUGCGCUCAUUAACUGCACUAACUCAUUAGCUGCACUAACCAGUGCGGGGAUAAUUCCUGAAUGGAGACAUAACCCAGACCUAUGUGUAAGUGCAGCUAAAUAAUUCAACUUUAACCAGCUCUUUACAUAGGUAGAAAAGUUGUGGAACUCUUUGAAGAGUGGCUAAGUAAUUUUAAACGGUCUCUUCACUUCCUUUGUAAUGAAAAUGUGGCAUAGACCUCAGUGUAUAAACUUCUACACUCCAGCAAAAAGGAAAACAUACAUCCUCUCUAUCCACAUAUUAGGAAAAAGUCAGGCAUAAAAUCACAGCUGAUUUUAUGACAAAAUUUACAGUCCAACGAUAUUUUUUACAAAGACCAGUAAAUCAAAUUAGGCUAAAGAGGCUCUCAGAAGAACAUAUUGGUAAACAUGUCUCUGCCUAAUUAGUUUAGGAAUUCAAACAGAUAUUUGAUAGCCGACUGAAAGCAGAAUAUCAAACUUAUUCAAAUUGUUGUAAAUACAAAGAGAAAAAGCAUUUACAAAACAGAUCACUAAUUCGUUGGCUCCACAGUACACUUUUUUUUUUCAGUGUAUUGCCACUGACUUCCUUAGCAGCAAAAUCAAAGUGAAUUUCUUCAAUACACCACUAAUUUUUCAAAACAUCAUGAAUUACAGACAUGUUGUGAGCUUUACUUUUGACAUUUUUCAUAACUCUAAUAAGAUAGCAAAAUCAGAAAACAAGUAUGGUAGUACCUUCUGAUUUCAGUUAGAAUGUCAAAAGACAUAUAAAAGGUUUAUCAAACAGUAAACCUACUCCUUUUCUGUUUGUCUCUCCCCCGAAUUCUGAUAAACUUUUAAAUCAAACAAAGCUUCUGCCUGUUUAGGAGGAGCAUUUGUGUUUAUGCUUUUUAUGGGGAUAACAAAACAUGAGGACAUUUAUCCACUCACUGUUCAGGUCCAUAUGGUGUAAAGGAAGUUCCAUGAAAUAUCUUGAAAUAAUAAAGGAGGCAAAGAGGAACAAAAUACUAUGGUACAUUUGUAAUCAAGCUUUCUGUGUAUGAAAUACAUUUAUUUGAGUUGCACAGCACUGAAACACUGUAAAUGCUUGAUGUGGUCACAGCUGAAAUGCAUUCGUAUUUUUGUGUGUAUUUUUUACUAGCAGAUUUCACAUACUGUUCAAGUACUGAAAAAAUAAUUUGUGAGAUACAGCAUAAUGAUGUCACAGCACAAUUAAAUUCCUCAAGUGCACUGUCAUUAUGCUUACCAGCCAGCCGUGUUUCAGAUUGACUGAAAACUGGACAAUACUAGCAAAAAAGGAGCCACAAAACCUAAAACUCUGUUUUGCUUGUAGCAGCAACAUUACUUUGGUACUGUCCAUGUAAGAAAUACACACAAGAACUAUUAAAACUAUUCGCUGUAGAUUUCUCUCCAGCAAGUAUCCUUUUCACUUGUGUGUAACAUAAAUACAGCCCUAUAUAAUUGUGUUUACACUGUAAAGUUUAAGAUUGUAUAAUAUACUAGAAUAUACAUUACUGAAUAAUGUGACUUAGGCAUUAAUGCUGCUGCUGUGGCUUUGAUUCUUGCAUUUCUUGAUGCGUAAAAUUCUGUGGGCAAUAACUGCUAAUGCUUAUUUUGCAUUUUAUCUCUCCAUAAUAAAAAGCCUCAUAUUUAAUGUACUCUGUUCCUGCUCUCUAAAUAAUAGAAAGUUAGCAUUUAGAUGUUCAUGUAUGGGAUAUGGCAUUUGUAUUUUUGUUGUUCAAGACAAGUUAUAAAAGAAU